AUGGGCAAAGGAAAGAAGCUCGCUCGCUCCCCUCCAGCCUUACCUCCGCCUUUAUACAUUCCAAACAGUCCUAUUCAAACAGACAAUGCUGCUGUUGCUGACGAACCUGAUUCUCCGCUCCCUGAUGCCUUGUUGGAUGAUACCACCAGCAUUCUCGACGACGGGCGCGUCUCUCUCAACCUCGACUCAAAACUUGCCCAGGUCUUUGCGAAACUUAUUGAGGCCUCCGAGGAUGAAGAAGAUGGCUUUGAACCCCCACCGGCAUACUCAACCCUCUCGGAAAUAGACUCCUGGAAACUGCCUCUGAAUGUUGUGAUCCAGAUUGUCGGUAGUCGUGGGGAUGUUCAGCCAUUUGUUGCCCUCGGGCAAGAGCUGCAGCGUCAUGGGCAUAGAGUGCGUCUGGCAACUCACGGCGUCUUCAGGGAGUUUGUUGAGGGUGCAGGGCUGGAGUUCUACUCGGUGGGAGGCGACCCUGCUGAACUGAUGGCGUACAUGGUCAAGAAUCCCGGCCUGCUUCCUCGCAUGAAGGCUCUCCGAGAAGGAGAUGUGAGCAAGAAUAGGCAGAUGAUUCGAGAGAUCCUCGAAGGUUGUUGGGCUUCAUGCAUUUUACCUACAGAUAGCGGAGAUCCAUUCGUUGCCAACGCCAUCAUCGCCAACCCUCCAUCUUUUGCCCACAUUCAUUGUGCUCAAGCACUAGGGAUUCCGCUCCACAUCAUGUUCACCAUGCCAUGGAGCCCGACUCGUGCAUUCCCCCACCCUCUCGCGAACAUCAGGAACAGCAGCACCGAUCCGAAGCUAGCAAACUACAUCUCCUACGGCAUGGUCCAAUUAUUGACCUGGAAUGGGAUCGCCGACAUUGUACAGAGUUGGAGAAAAUCAAUUGACCUGGAACCCAUCCCAAGGUCUGAAGCUCCUUUCCUCAUGGAGACUCUCCAAGUUCCUCACACCUACUGCUGGUCGCCCGCGUUAGCCCCGAAGCCCAAAGACUGGGGAAAGCAUAUCGACGUCUGCGGUUUUCUACUUCGAGAUCCCGCACCCUACACCGUCCCGGCCGACCUCGACGAAUUUCUGAAAUCGGGUCCGAUCCCCAUCUACAUUGGCUUUGGUAGCAUCGUGAUUGAAAACCCCGGAAGACUCCUUCAGAUAUUGCUUUCUGCGGUCAAGGAAUGUGGUGUCCGUGCUAUCAUUUCGAAAGGCUGGGCCAACCUAGAAGGCGAAGCUGUUGAUGAUAACGUCUUCUUUCUUGGGGAAUGUCCUCAUGAGUGGUUGUUUCAACAAGUUUCUAUGGUGGUUCACCACGGCGGAGCCGGGACCACCGCCUGCGGGCUGAGGAAUGGCCGCCCAACCGUCAUUGUGCCAUUCUUCGGAGAUCAACCGUUCUGGGGCAACGUGGUAGCUGCCUCACAAGCCGGACCACCUCCCAUUCCCCACAAGAAAUUGAACAGCAAGAAUCUGAGCGACUCCAUCCGCUUUUGCUUACGUGAACAGACCCGGGAAGCUGCGAAGGUGGUGGCUGACAAAAUGGCUGAGGAGAUGGGAGUCAAAGCAGCGGUUCACUCAUUUCAUCGUCAUUUACCAGUUAAUGACAUGGGUUGUGAUCUGAUCAAGGGACUGCCCGCCACAUGGGUGUACAGGAGGUCGAAAACCCCUCUCAAGAUAUCUGGGGCUGCGGCUGAAAUCUUGAUCCAAGCUCAGAAGAUCAGGUCCGACGAUCUUCGGUUGUACAGACCAAAACCGUUCACCAUCGAGAACCGUCGAUGGGACUUCCUUACUGGCUCUCUCGCCGUCUCGAUGGAAGUCUCAUACGAUAUUCUGGCCGCUUUCAGCGGGUUUUGGAGAAACCCGCGCGCGAUCCGCAAGCAGAAAGACAAAGACCGUGAACUGUGGCGCGCCUCAUCUCAUCGAAGCGCGGCUGGGACGGAGAAUGAUCCGGGAGAAGGUUCAAGCAGACAAGUUGCGAGGAUGGUGGGGGCCUCUGCCAUGAGUAUAUCUCAUCUUACCGGAAUAGUGAUAAAAGGAGGCCUGGUCGACGUCCCAGUGGCCGUUGCUGAAGGCUUGCGGAAUACGCCGAAGCUCUACGGCCAAGAAGUGCCUGAUCAUGCCGCCGUCACUGACUGGAAGAGUGGCCUCACAGUUGCCGGGACAAAUUUUGUUCACCAGAUGGCCCAGGGGCUGACAGAUUUUGCGGUGCAGCCAGCAAAGGGUCUGGCGAAAGAAGGGGUGUUUGGCUUUGGGAAAGGCGUUGGCAAGGGGCUAUUGCAGACUGUGACGAAACCCACAUCAGCAUGCAUGGGCUUGAUCGGCUACACGGGCCAGGGGCUUUACAAGUCAGUGUAUGCUCUGGUGCAUUCGAAGACCAAAAGAUCGGUGGCCUCCGCCCAGCGCGUGCAGGAUAAGUAUUUCAUCCGUGCGAUCGGUAUGGACAUAAGCACUGGCCCAGUGGUGGCCGAAUUUGACCGGCUCAGUCAACGGCGGCUUAAACCUGAGCUCGGCAGUUCCAGUGGGGGCUUCACGUCGAGGGGUGUGUCUAGGACACCCAGUUUUGUUUCGACCCAUUCGCAGCCGCCGUCUAUUGCACCAGCCGUCCUGACCGACGACCAAGCAACAGCUUACCCAUAUAACCCGCCGUCCGAAGACCCAAUGCCGUCGCCGCAACGUCGCUGA